AGGGCACAUUUGAAGAGAGGAGUUCGGUGUGGUAGAGUGACUUCCAUUCACUAAAACAAUGUGCCAGAACUGAAGAAGCUGGGGCUGCCUUCCACGAAAGCAGAGUGGACAGUGUGAGAGAGAGACAGAGAGAAAGGUCUUCCUUUGCCGUUGGUUCACCCUCCAAUGGCCGCCGCGGCUGGUGCACUGUGCCGAUCCAACGGCAGGAGCCAGGUGGGAAAAUGUUAAUCCAUGAAAGAGCCCAUUUUUGCUCAGGAAGAAUUGCAAAAAGUAUAUCUGAAGGAAACUUGGCUGACAUGGACUCCCCAAAGCUCUCAAAAAGUUGUGAUAUUACAGAAUGCCAAGACCCAGGCACACUUCCUGAUUGGCCAGUUCCUGUUGCCCUUCAAGACAAGAAUGUCUGUAGAGCUACAAAUCCAUUCUGGAGCAAACUGUCUGCUUCUAACCCAUUUUUGGAUGACAUCACACACCUGAGAAGCAGCCAGAAGAGAGAUAAUAUCUCCAUCUUGAAGGAAGACCCCUUUCUCUUUUUUAGAGAAACAGAACCUGAAAAUUCUUUUGAUUCCUCUGGUGACGAACUCGAUGUGCAUCGGUUGCUGAAGAAGCCUUCCUGCAGGAGAGCCGGGAGAUCGAAAAGUGUUUCAGAACUUCUGGAUGUUUUAGAUGACACAGUGCACGCUCCUCAGAGUUUAAAUAACUCCCACCAGAUCCUGGUUCAAGACUUAGAAUGGCUGCAAGACGAUCGCGAGGCUUACAAGAUGGCCUGGUUAAGUCAACGGCAGCUGGCCCGCUCUUGCCUGGAUUUGGAUACCAUCAACCAGAGUCCUGGAUGGGCCCAAACACAAGUCGCAGAGACCACUCUGGUGUGCAGAUUAACCCACCAAGGGGGGUCAGUGCAGCUGCCUGAAUCGGACAUCAGCGUCCACGUGCCCCAAGGUCAUGUCCCUGCGGGAGAAUUCCAAGAGGUGGCUCUCAGGGCUUUCCUGGAUCCCCCACAAAUUCUUAACCAUGGCCUGUCCUGCACUGUGAGCCCACUGCUGGAAAUCACGUUAAGCAACCUGAACACGAGAGAAGCCAUUUUGUUGGAGAUGAAAAUUGGGGCUGAAGUAAGGCAAGAUCCUCUCAGCCAAGUCAUGACCGAAAUGGCGUGUUUACGAAGCCUGGCUAAAGAGGGCCCUUUUGACGUGUUAGACAACUGCUACGUGUAUAAAGACACCGUCCAAGUGAAGCUCAUCAACUUGAGUCAGGUGAUGUAUCUAGUGGUGGUUGCCCAGACUAAAGCUCUCCAGUCCCCCGCUGCCACCAUCUGGGACUAUAUUCACAAAACCACCUCGAUUGGCAUCUAUGGGCCCAAAUACAUACAUCCCAGUUUCACUGCUGUUUUCACAGUCUGUGGACACAAUUACCUGCCAGGAAAGCUUACAAUCCCUGACAUCAAGAAGGGUGGUAAAAACACAUCUCCGGUUGUGUUUCAUCUCUGGGGGAAGCAUUCCUUCGUUCUUGAUAAGCCCCAAGAUCUAAGUAUUUCUGUUGUUUCGUGUGAUCCUGAUUUUGAAGUUAAGGUAGAAGGAGAAAAGAAAGAAAUCAAAAAAAAGCAGUUGAAAGCAGGUGAAGUAGUUCAUCAACAGUUUUUAUUUUCUAUAGUUGAACCCAGAGAGAUGCACUUGUUUGCUUUUCGUGUUCAGUUGGACACACCUGAUGGCAGUCCAGUUGCAGAGUUCAGUAUUACUACACCUGAUCCAGCCCCAAACCUAAAAAGACUCUCAAAUAUGUCAGCUUAUUCACAGAAUGAGAAGGAAAUCAAGUCUGCUUCUUUAUUACCGACAGUGCUUGUUAAAUAUCCCAAAUUUCAAGAUAGAAAUUUGAAUUUUACCAACUAUGGGGUAGCCAUGAAGACUGUGCUACGACAAAUCAAGAUUGACUACCUUCUGGAAUAUUUCAAAGGGGACACAAUAGCUCUCCUUGGAGAAGGAAAGAUAAAAGCCAUUGGACAGUCCAAAGUGAAAGAAUGGUAUGUGGGAGUCCUCAGAGGGAAGAUUGGACUUGUGCAUUGCAAAAAUGUCAAAGUAAUUCCGAAGGAGCAGGUGAUGGCUUUAUCAGAUACUGUCUUUACAACCAAGAAUCUUCUUGAACAGAUUUCCCUGCCGUUCAAAAAACUGACUUAUAUCUACUCAGUUGUGUUGACCUUGGUGACGGAAAAAAUUUAUGACUGGAGAGUUUUAGCUGAUGUCCUGGGUUACUCCCAUCUGGCACUGGAAGAUUUUCAUCAAAUGCAUACAGACAAAGAAUCAGAAAAGGUUUCCUGUGUUGUAAAGAUGUUAAAGGAAGAUUGCCAUGAAGAGAGAACUACAAGGAAGUUUCUUUAUGAACUCACUGUGGCUCUGCUGAAGAUGGAUUGCCAAGGGCUAGUGGCACAUCUUGUCCAAGAGGCUAUCCUUCUGACAUCAGCUGUCAAGCUUGGAAAGGCCUGGAGGGAACUAGCUGAAAAGUUAGUACGACUCACGAAGCAACAAGUGGAGGCCUACGAAAUUCCUCACCGAGGGAAAGCUGGAGACGUGUGUGCGGAGAUGAUGUGGAAACCUGCCUAUGAUUUUCUCUGUACUUGGAGUGCUCACUACAGAAAUGGCUACAGAGACCUGCUACAAGAUCUUCAGUCAGCUUUGGACAGAAUGAAAAGCCCUGUGACCAAACAAUGGAGAGACCUAACUGGAGCUUUGAUACUUGUCAAUUCCUUAGAGGUUCUGAGAGCAACAGCGUUCUCCACGCUUGAGGAAGUAUAGAAAUCGAGGGAGUAUUUUGAGGGAUGGGGAGAAACAAAACAACUUUUAGAAUAAUCCUGUCAACAGGUGUCUAGAUAAAUUGGAGGCCCUCUGAACAAUGGGUGUUUCACCAGGAGGCAGGCAAGCAGAGCCCAGAAGAAAGCACACCAGGGAGGUCAAUCCCAGUGCACGUCCUUUCUCUCCCCUCUCUCUCAAUGCUCAGAGAGGCUGCCAGUCUUACUCCCAGCUGUCAUGUGGAGAAACCCAGGACUAGUGAGGACGCUCAAGGCUAAAUAAUACAGACCCAAGAAAAAGCUUGCAGAACUUGGUUCUUUUUUUUUUUUUAAAUCACACCACAUAGCAGGGUAUUCAACACACAAGAAUACAGGGGAAACUCACGGGGAAAUGGGAGGAAUUGCUUCUCUUUUUCAUUGUCUCUUGAAAGACUGCUGAAAGGAAAACAUGACAUCAUUGGAAAUCAACAGAGUUCUGAUACACACUCACUCAUGGACCUGGCAUUUUCAUCUACUUCCUUCAGUCCCGACAUGGACUACCUCCCCAGGAUUAUCAUGUAAAGUCAUUCUUGAGAGCUCAGGGAUUUUUAAUAACAAGGGGGAUUUAACAAAAUAAUAAAAACCAAAAGCCUAUUUUACCACUGUUGAGUAUGGUGGUCUUUUUCUUUUCAUUUUUAUUUAUUUGAGAGGCAGAGAGCAUGGAAGAGAAAGAGUGAGAAAGAGUUCCAUCUGUUGGUUCACUCUCAAGUGCUUGCAAUGGCCAGGGCUGGGCCAAGACUGAAGUCAGGAACCAGAAUCCAGGCUUCCCACAUGGGUGGCAGGAGUCCAGGUCUUUGCUACUUCCUGUGGUCUGCAUUAGCAGGAAACUGGAAUCAAGAGCUGGAACUGGGGACUGAACCCAGGUACUCGAUGUGGUAUGUAUCAUCACAGACAGGUUAAAUGUCAGUUCUAAGUAUGAUAGUCUUAACCAAAAUACUGAAAUCUUUGUGUGUGCAGACACGUGUAGGGUGUGUGUGUGUAUGUAUCAGAGUGUUCUAGAAAGCUCUUGUAAGACACAGAUUAUUAGUAACUCAAGUCAGCAUCGGUUUAAAGACUGGCACAGUUCAGAAAGGCACAAUUUACUUACGUACAAAUUUAAUCUGCUGAUGCCCUACCAGUGUCUCUGUGUGUGUUUGGGCACUCAUUCAUCUAUUGUCAGUCAGUUGAUAGAUAGUAUACCUCUCCUGUGAUGGGCACAGGAUGCUUGAGGUUGAUAAUGUGGAAAAUAACACGAUCCUGAUGUCAGUGAUAGAGUCAGAGAAUAAAACAUGGUAUAUCAUGAGUGUAAGAUGACAGUUGUAACGAUGCUGCAGUGGCACAGAGGUGUAAAUAAGCCAUCCCAUCAAAGAGGAGAGGCCUAGGAAAGCACUGGUGAGCCUGGGGGAAGAUCAGGCACUGCACCCAGUCUGGGCAGGGUACACGAGGAGAAGGCCCCGGGAAGGAGCUCAGGAGCACAGAGAGCAGGGGUGAGGGAAUGGAAGGAUAAAGGAAGAGUUGAGGGGGGAGCGGGGAGGUGAGGAUGGAGCAGAAGAGGCCACGUGUAGGCCACUAGGACUCAAGAUGGAAAGACUCUCAGAGCUCAUGUGAGCGAAUUGAAAAUGGGUUUUGUCUGGGGCUCCUGAAUAAAUCGCAUGCAUUUGUCUAAAAAGUAAAAGGCAGAUGCUAUUGUGAGCUUAUAACACACCCGCCCUGGGGCAUGGAAAAGGUGAUAGGCACUAGGUUUGAAGAACAACAUUGGAGGUUUCCAACAUUUCCACUUGAUAAAAACAGAACGCAGGCUGACUGAGGCGUUAGAACAUGCAUUUGAGGACAGAGUUUACGUUCAUUGAAACUAAUCCAGGGAGAAAGGGGCUGGGGGAAACCAACCAGUACUGUCAGCACACAGUCGUUUCCCGUGGUGACUUUGUUGGGGUCUUGCUAGCAUGUCAGUAAGCCAGAGAAUUUCAGGAAAGAAAUUAAAGAAUUAAUAACUGGGUUUGCCCAGGCUCUCAGACUUGAGAAGAUAGAGACCUCGCCAGUUGAUGAGUGUGGUAAGACUGAAUACAUCACUUCAGGUUUGCAUGGCAGCAUGCAAUGUGAUUGUGGUUGUGAAUUUUAAGAAGAGUUUUUUUUUUUUAAAUGUAAAACAUGAUCUCUGUAACUUAAGGAUGAAAUGACGGUUGACAUAUUAACACACAUAAUGAUUUUUUAAGUUUUCUAACAAAUUCAUCAAGCGGAAUUUUAAACCCAGGUUGAAACGCUCUUAUCCAUUUAUUCUGACUUUUUUUUUAAUAAAGAGUUUCCACUUAUCUGAAUUUUACAUUUUUCUUGCUAAAAUGGAUUUUCAUAAGCAGAGAUUAACUUUGUAAUCGUGGGCUGUCUUUAAUAUUUGGCAGUAAGUCAAUGGAAUUAACGAGGCACUUACAUCUCAUCCUUGACAUCAUUAAAGCAUCAAAAGCCAUUAAUCUAAAACUUCUUUCAGCAUUUCAGAAAUGGGAGAAGCUUAGAUGGUUCUUUUCAGUUCCUCAGGCUUUUCAUAUAUAUAAUGGCAUAAGAAUUAGGAUGAGAUUUAAUUCAGUGGCCAGCUUGCGACGUAGCCACAAUUUCUAUGUAAGCCAGAGAUCCUCUUCUUCCCUCUGUAAAAGCCUUUAAUGAAACAAUAAGGAGAUUCACUCAACCGAGGGUCAACAGUUGUUCGAGACAAUAAUGAAUAACACACAGUUUCAUGCCCUGUAAUGUAAAAACCGCUGUAUGCAGAUUUGAACUUGGGGGGAAGUAGGUUUAUGGAAAGAACAGAAUGCUAAUUCUAGGGAUGGCAUCGGAUUGAGAAAUACUGCUGGUAGUUAACAGCUUAGGAUUUGUGAUAUGAACAUACAAUAGAGAAAGUAUAUUCAGAAUUGUGCAAUGUCAUAACUAGAAUUAAAGACCUGGCUUUUGACGAUGCAUUACUAUAAAAGGAAGUUGGGGGGAUGGAGGACAGGAAGCAUCAUUAUGUUCUUAAAACUAAAUAUAUGAGGGGCCGGUGCUGUGGUGUAGUGUGGUUAAAGCCCCAGCCUGAAGCACCAGCAUCCCAUGUGGGCACCAGUUCUAGUCCCAGCUGCUCCUAUUCCAAUCCAGCUCUCUUGCUAUGGCCUGGGAAAGCAGUGGAAGAUGGCCCAAGUCCUUGUGCCCCUGCACCCACGUGGGAGACCUGGAAGAAGCUCCUGGCUCCUGGCUUUUGGCCACUGAGGAGUGAACCAGCGGAUGGAAGACCUCUCUCUGUCUCUAUCUCUCUCUCUCUGUGACUCUGUCUUUUAAAUAAAUAAAAUAAAUCUUUAAAAAAAACCUAAAUAUAUGAAAUACAUGAAAUAUGUUCCAUUUAUAUAAAUAAAUUUAAAAAUAUUACAUAUGUAAUGCCCAGGGAAUAUUUGAAACAGUGUAACAGAAAAGGAUAAUAGUGAAUAAUUUAUGUCACUGGAGGCUUUUCUAAUUAGAUUUUUUCCUACUUAUUCACAUAUAGUUUGUUUGUGCUUCUACAUGGGAUUUCCCUCAAAUCCUGCUAUACAGCUCAGUGAAAGUGAAGUUUCAAAGAUCCUAUGUCACUAUCAUGCUUGAUGCAUAAUCCAAAAACAUUUUUCAAAGUAGAAUACCCUGAAAAGUUUUUGGAGAUUAAUUUGUAGCAUUAGGCAGACCACAAUACAAACUAAAAAGUGACCAACACACACACAGGAAACUUAAAUCUGUACAUACCCAGCACCUGAUGUGUAUCUGAUAUUCAGCAUCAAAAUAUCACUGAAUUGUAAAAAUGUGUGGACUUGCUUGCAUAUUUUAUAUUGAUUUUCUAUUUUUCUACAUCAGAAAGUUAUAAGCCUAAUAAAGACAGAUUUGCAAUUUUGCAUAAUAGCAUCUGUUGGUGUAAGAAGGGGGGAGGGAUAGAGAUUAGCACUGGGUCAUAAAUAGUGAUGUCCCGGGAGAAAAUUCCAGAGUCAGCAUUGUUGUGGUGACAACAUCAUGUAUGAUUUCCCCUGCAAAACACUAGUCCAGGAGUCAAGAAACACGGCUUCUGAUCCUUGCUCAUCAAUCCCUGUGAGACCUCAGGCCUGCCUGCCAGCCUCUCUGGCUUUAUUUUCUCAUGAGUAAAAUGAGCUUGAACUGGGUAACCUUCACGUGCCCCUUAAGUUUGAAAGUCUACUGGGCUGAUGCUGUGGCUUAGCAGGUAAAGCCACUGCCUGCAGUGCCAGCAUCCCAUAUGGGCACUGGUUCAAAUCCCAGCUGCUCCACUUCCAACCCAGCUCUCUGCAAUGGCCUGGGAAAGCAGUAGAAGAUGGCCCAAGUCCUUGGGCCCCUGCACUCACAUAAGAAGACUAGAGGAAACUCCUGGCUCCUGGCUUCAGAUUGGCGCAGCUCCAGCCAUUGCAGCCAAUUGGGGAGUGAACCAA